AGUCGCUCCCGCUCCUCCGGGACCCGUCGAAGCAGUGAACGACGGGUUUUUGGCGCGAUUUUGAUGGGAAAGCGGCCGUAGCGUGGCUUAAAUCACUGCAUCAUAGACAUUUAGCAUCGUUUCGGAUAAUUUUGAGGAGGGCGCAUCAUACCUAGGCCCGCCGCGCACGCACAUAGCCAGAUUUGGUGCAGCACAUCAAAAGAGCUGCGACACUCACACGACGCGCGGCGCAGCACCGAUGCUCUCCCACCGCCACACGGUGUCGCCGAGCGUCGACGUCGAGGAGGCGGACACGCCCCUGUCGCCGCGACGGCGGCGGCGGCGCCCGCGGCGCUGCGCGCUGUGCUGCGUGCUAACAGUCCUGGCGGCCGUCGUCUUCGCGAGCAUCACCCUGGCGACGCUGCCCGAGGAGGAACAACAAAUGGACGAGGGCGCCGCGCCCCUAGUAACAACUGAGGGUAUCGGCGCGACGCUCGCGACGCAGGCCUCGUCUGAUCGAGUCUGGCUGCUGCGCUUCCUAUGCGCGCGCUGGAGCGGCCCCAUUUCUGUGGCUGUUGUGGGUGAUCAGUCUAUCGCGACGGAGGCGGUCUGCGGUUCAUCAAAACCGCACCCCUCGGCUUCCGUGCUACGAGCCAAAAUAGACCAGUCUUUACGAUGGAGAGGCGCCUUGCUUCUCGGAACGACAACGACGAUGCAGCUCUUCUCCUACGCUGGCAAUUACCCCAUCAACGCGCUGCGGAACGCCGCGCUCAACGCGGUCACGACGUCCCACGUCCUAGUCGUCGACGUGGAUUUUUUCCCGUCCACGGAACUGCACGAGGCCAUCCUGGCGCAAUCUUUGUAUUUGAAAAACCACCCUCGAAGCGCGUUGGUGGUCCCGGCGUUCCAAAGGAAGGGCAACUGGCGCGGCUAUUCCGAUAAAAGGUGGAAGCGCGAACUAUCGAAACCCGACUUCAUUCCCGAAAACUUUGCCCAGCUCCUCGAUUGUCUGGCGUCCGUCGCGUGCAUCGUGUUUGAUUUUACGUGGAACCGCGACGCGCACGGAACCACAAACACGGCGGCCUGGGUCGAGGCCACGGCGAAAGCGGCGUCAACACGCGCCUUCCGCGCCGCCGACCGCGUGCGCGCCGCCGAGGCCCAGCCCUCGGGCAAGGACGCGCCCAAAUUGCCCGAAGGUUUGUUACCGUUCGCUUCUUAUGUGGAACCGCGGCGCAUCGCAUGUUUUAAGAGUGCGCGCUUCGAGCCCUACGUCGUGUUGCGGAACAACGCCGACGUGCGCUUCGACGCGUCGUACACGGGCUACGGCAAGAACAAGAUCGAGCAAAUUGCUCGAUUGCGGUACGCGGGGUAUGUAUUCGCGGUGCUGCCGCUGGGGUUCCUGGUCCACGCGCCGCACCCCUGGUCCUCGUCCAAACGGAGCUGGAUGGCGACGGGGCGCGGCAGCCACGAGACGGACCAGCUUUAUAAAGAAACGGUCGCGGAGGCGCGCGAUAACGUGGACGCGCGCGACGGCGCCAACCGGACGUGGUUGUGCGAGCGGUAGUAGCUGUUUGUAAUGUGUUUCUCUCUU